AUCAUGAGCCUGGCUUAAAAGUAGAUUAUAAAAAAUAACAAACACUGGGUUCUUCUCAUUUGCUUUGCUGGUUUUGAGCGUUUGGGAUUCAUAUUUUCAAGCUUUUCCUGGCAGCUAUGAAGUCUAGAAACCUGCUUUAAAAAAAAAAUGAAAACAGAUUCUUAAUUAAUUAAAUGGCUGCAGGAGCUGGGCCUUUAAGAACACCACCGAGUAUUGUGAGGAUUAGCUACACAGGACUUACAGCUGCCCUCUGCUCCACACACCAUUCUGAACUGGGAAGUAGUGGUCACAAAUGUUGGUCCCAGCUUCUCUUUCAUGCUGUGAACCAAGCAGUAGAGAGAGUCGACCACAGAACCUAAACAACCAGGUACUUGAAUUCAGGAACUGUGUCUGUAGAUAGGCGGAGUGGCCUCCCUCUGACGCUGACAGGAACCACUACCUGCCCUCUGGUGGACGGAGCCAAGCCAGGCUCAACCUUUGCGCCAGAAGCAGAGGCAUGGAACAGGAAGUAUAAGAUGUGGGGCCUCCAGCUCAGUUGAGGGAGAGCCAGGGAAGGAGUUGGAUUCCUCUGCCUUACUGCUGACCCUUGAGCCAGAGACUUAGCUGUACCAACCCCUGCCCCUGAGGAGCUGCCGAAUACCCUGAGGAGCCUGAGGGCCCGUGAGCGACGAAGCCCUUCGAACAGGUGUUUGCAAAUUGCUGAAUUAUUUUCUCCGUUAUCUUCCCAGGUACUGAAGAUGGAUAUAAUUAAAUAUACAGAUAGAAGUAUGGGAAUGGACGACAGCAUUACUUUAUACUGUCGGUGGAACCCUUUGACUGAAGAAAAGAAAUAUUCAGUAUAAAUAGAUAAAGCUGUAUUUGCCAGAAGCUGGGUCUUUUCUUCCAUUAAGCCGUGUGUUGAACUAAGCAGGACAGUGUCAUCAGCAAAAUCAAGAGUAAGAGAGAAAUGGUGGAACUGUAACUCACUACACUAACUUUUAUGUGAACCAACUGUUAUUUAUGCCACUGGGAGGCUGAAAGUCCUGGAAACAUGUUGUGUAAGAAAUGACAGAAAAUUUGCAAAGCUGUUGCCUAGCAAAUUGGAACAUGGAGAUGAAGCUAGAUCCUGCUAAGGAUGACCUACCCCUAAUGGCCAACACACGCCACAUGCUCGUAAAGCAUUAUGUAUUGGACUUAGAUGUGGAUUUUAAAAGCCAAGUUAUUGAAGGCACCGUAGUUCUCUUUUUUGAGCCUGGGAGCAGAUGCAAAAAAGGAGGCAGUGCUGGGGAAGGAGCCUGCCUUUCACAGUCAUAUGAAACAUGCAAAAUUAGGGCAUCUGAACCUUGUCACAGUCCUGUGAGAAAUGUAAGUGCCCGCUCAUCUAAAACAGGAUAUAAUGAUUUUGCAGUCUGUGCUAAAGGUGAAAAAGAUACUUCUGAUAAAAAUGGUAACCAUAGCAACGGGGAACAGGCUUCUGGGAUUUCUAGUUCAAAGAACUGCUGUGACAUAGAGAAUCAUGGGAGUGAAGAUUUUUUGCUGGUAUUGGACUGCUGUGAUUUAUCUGUGUUAAAGGUCGAGGAGGUAGAUGUUGCUGCUGUGUCAGGUAUUGAAAAAUUUACAAGGUCUGCCAAGCUAACUGAUGCUGAAGAGCUGAGAAAUCGUAGGAAUCAGAUUGUACAUGAACUUGUGACUUUACCUGCGGAUCAUUGGAGGGAACAGCUAUACUAUUACACCCGCUGCAGCCAGGCGCCUGGUUGUGGAGAGCUUCUGUUUUCCACUGGCCCUUGGAGCUUGAUGAUAAGGAAAGCAGAGGUUCAAGCACCAAGAGACUUCCCUCAUGCAAUAAGGAUAUGGUACAAAACAAAGCCAGAGGGAAGAUCAGUUACAUGGACCACAGACCAGAGUAGCAGGCCAUGUGUUUAUACAAUGGGGUCUCCAAUAAACAACAGGGCCCUUUUUCCAUGUCAGGAGCCACCGGUUGCCAUGUCAACAUGGCAAACCACAGUCCGAACAGCUUCUUGCUUUGUUGUCUUAAUGAGUGGUGAAAAUUCAGCAGAACCAGUACAACUUCAAGAAGGUCUUUUAAGUUGGUACUAUUAUGUGACCAUGCCCAUGCCAGCAUCCACCUUUACUAUUGCUAUUGGGUGUUGGACAGAAGUUAAACAGGAAUCCCACACAGCUGACGUCCGGACAAAUAACGAGUUUUCCUCUCUAUUUUCAAGGGCCGAUCUCAGGUUGAUCGAAGAGAGCUGUGGUCAUGUGGCGUAUCCUUGCCGUUUCCAAAAUCCUGCUGCUAGUUCUCAGCUAGUCAUUCCUCAUCGAGUCUUUGCUCCAUGGUGCCUUAAGGAUCGCUGUGCAGAGAUCCUUCUUGAGCUGAUUCCUCAGUGCCUCUCGGCUGCUCAUGCUACACUUGGAACCCACCCCUUUUCCAGGCUUGAUGUGUUGAUAGUCCCUUCCAACUUUUCCAGUCUGGGAAUGGCCAGCCCACACAUCAUCUUCCUGUCACAGAGCGUAUUAACUGGAGGGAGCCAUCUCUGUGGAACACGUCUGUGCCAUGAAAUUGCUCAUGCUUGGUUUGGAUUGGCCAUUGGUGCUCGUGACUGGACUGAAGAAUGGAUAAGUGAAGGGUUUGCUACUUACUUGGAAGAUGUAUUUUGGGCAGUAGCACAACAGCAGCUGCCACAUGAUGAAGCAAGAGAGCAGCAGGAGUUGAAAGCUUUGCUGCGCUGGCGACGGCUCAGAGACGAGGUGCAGAACUCUGAAGAAGAGCUGCAAGUAUUAAGGCCAAACAAAGAGAACACAGGAGAAGUGAGUGAGUCUGGAACAUGCAUAAUCAAACACGGUCUUAAUGCAGAAAAAGUCUUCAUGCAGGUUCAUUACUUGAAGGGCUAUUUCCUUCUGCAAUCUCUAGCCAAGAGAAUUGGAGAGGCUACAUAUUUUGAAUUUUUAAGAAAGUUUGUGCAGAAGUUUCAUGGACAACUGAUCCUUUCUCAGGAUUUUCUUUACAUGCUGCUGGAGGACAUCCCAGAACAAAAAGGGUAUGUGAGAAUCAGGUACGGGCUAUCUGUUGAAAAUAUCAUCCAGGCCUGGCUUGACACUUCUGGAAUACCAAAGCCUUUGCUGGAAGAGUGUCAGACUUGGGACCAGUGUCGAUUAGUCCAGCAAGUGAAUGAUGAGGUCAUAAAAUGGAUUCAAGUAAACCAGAGAGCCAGAAAAAGGAGCAAAAGGAAACGAAGGCAGGAUGAAGUGGCUUUCCAAAAGCUUCUCCCGGACCAGCUGGUCUUACUUCUGGAAUCUCUGUUGGAGGAGAAGACGUUAUGUCUCAGAACUCUGCAGUGCUUAGAGAAAACAUACCACCUUGAUGAGCAGGAUGCAGAGGUUCGACAUCGGUGGUGUGAGCUUGUUGUUAAACACAAAUAUACAACAAGAUAUGCUCACAUUGAGAAAUUCCUCCAGGAAGAUCAGGCUAUGGGUGUCUACCUGUAUGGAGAAUUAAUGGUGAAUGAAGAUGCAAAACAACAGGAACUUGCCUAUAAAUGCUUUGCUGCAACACAAAAACAAAUGGAUGUGUCCUCAGCCAAAGUGGUGGCAGAGAUGUUAUUCUGAAGAGGUGAUUUUUCUUGAUUAAAGUAUUUAAUCCUCAACCUGCUGUGAGAGAAUAUGCACAGCGCAGUAAAUAAACUCUGGCACAAUGUAAAAUUUGCUGAUAUUCAGCUCGAAGAAUCACUCAUUAAAUUUCUUGCAUGUUUUUUUUUUCCCCCACACCAUUAGUGGAGCAAUGGAUCAUUGAUGCACAAGGGAUCUAGUUGAGGAGCAUGGAGAAGAGAGAGGUUUUUGUACUAAGACACAUCUACAUUUACAACACUUCUUAAACAUGGCUGCACUCACACCUGCAAAUAGAAAACGUGAUAUGAACUUGCUAGGGGAUGGCAAUUACUGGAGUUGUUUAACAAAAUCUGUGUCCACAUGAGGCAUUGAACUCAUACACUUACAAACUAGUUGUCCAGAGUGGUUCUGGCACGAUUCAAAUUAGUGUGGCUUACAUGCUUUUGAGUAUUUUGUGUGAGGAAGUUAAAAUUAGUGUUGGUUAUGCUAGGAAGUACCUGUUUAUAAAGACACGCUAAUGACUGUCACAUAAAGAUAAACAUUUUAUAGCUUUAUUUUGAUUUGCUUCUGGUUCUACUUGAAAUUAGUGGCUAAGGGACAAAAGUAGAAGUCAUCUCACUAAACUUGGGUGGAAAAAAAAGCAAAAUUGCAAGUAAAGACAUUAUAUAAACUGGCCUUUUACACCAAAUACUAUAUAGAUAGUGACAUAUUCCCUUCUUUCAUCCUAUUUGAAUACCCUGAGGUUACUUCAUGGUGUUUGUACAUGCAUGUUUACCCCAUAGUCAGUUAGGUUUGGUAUGAAGAUCCUUUCCAGUACAGCAUACCUCAGAUUUUUGUGUAAUGAUACAAGCCAUCUGACAGCCUGUUUUCCUCGGUUGUUCACAUAACUUUACAGUUGAUUCGUGGUAACACAAUUCAGACAACGAGUUAGCAAAAACAUUGCUCAGUAUUUGGUAUUGAACAGGACCCCUUGAUUCGUCUUCCCUUCAAACCUGUACAGGUAGGCAAUGCUUGAAAUUAGGCUCCAUUUGAGUUUGUGGCAUUUAUUUUAUUUAUAUGGACUAGGAGAGUGGUUUUCAAUUGGGGGUCUGUGAGCCCUUUCAGGGGGGCUGCAGUGCCCCAUGGCUCAAACCUGGUGCCCUGAGCCUCAGCGCUGAAGCCGGCAACCCCUCCACCCCAGCCAGGACUGGCAGGGGGCUGAAGGCAGCAGUCCCCGUCCCAAAGCUGGAGUGGUGCAGGGCUGAAGCUGGUGUCCCCCAUCCCAAUGUGCCUGUUGCUGCCCCUAGCUCCCCCCUGCCUGCACACAGCCCU